AUGACCCGGACACAUCCGCCUGAUAUCCUGACAUCAACACUAUAUCAGGACAUUCCUCUUUAUCCGACAACUGAACAGGUCAUUUCUCCUCACUCUUCUUUGCAAUGUGACUUGAAGAUGAUUGAUAAAGCAGAAAUCAUCAACAAAAGACAUUGCCGCAGCUUCGACUUUCUUGAAUCACUGGAUGACCCGCAGUCUGUGUCUUCCCCAAUGGAGUAUCCUUAUAAGCGUCCAGAACAGCAGACUUUACUCAAAGAUCUGACGUGGAAUGGACUAGAUCAACCAGGAUACCUUCGCUUCUCAUCUCCAGAUUUGUUUAACUCCAGGCAAAUCCAACAACACACUAUUCAGGACAAAAGCAGUCAAAUCACAUGGUCAGAUUCUGUAAAUAGAAAAAGAUCAAGAAGUGCUCCCAGAUUCAAAUCCAGUCUCACUCCUGUGCCCAUGUCUGUCUCGCCUCUGGAGGCCAACAAAGACAAGGACGCCCAAGACACAUUGAAGUCCUCUGAAACACAAAGAGAGGCAUACCCCUCCAGUAGGGCUUUUUUGAAUGAGGUCCACCCUAUAAAACUACAACCUCAUGCUCCCCUUUAUGUCUCUGAUUGUUUUGAUGAAGGAAAAUCAGAAAAAACAUCCACAACGCCUCAUGUCAGGUGCCGCGUGGACAUCAAACCAGAUGCUGCUGUACUCCAACACGCAUCCAGGCAGAUCCCCAACCUGCGACCUGCACGACUGGCUUGGCAAAGAUAUUCACAGGCUAGUAGCAGUCGAGGUUUGUAUGUACCACGUCAGAUAUCCUCACCUACACCGACUCCAAGUGAAUGCUUCAGUGGAGAUUUUAGACAAGGAUAUAACUAUUCCACAAGCAUGUCUCCUGUCUCUUACCAGCAUCUAGACAUGUAUCGUAUGCAGUCACCAACAGCAAUGUAUCAGGAACAAAGAGCUUACUCAAAUCCAAACAUCCCAACAAAGUUCUUUUAUACAGAGGACCCAGUUCGAUAUCCAAUUCACCCCUAUUCUAGGGCAUAUCUUCAGGAUGAUAGGUCCAGUUUAGCCAGUCGGGGAAGUACUAUAACAAGUCAGUAUGAUCCGAGGAAUCGGUGGGUGCAUACCCUUCCUCUCAGGUCAUAUUACACAAAUAAUUUUUCAAACCAGGAGCCAUCACACUCAUUGUAUAGUAUGCCCUAUCCUACAAGUGAGGCAGGGUCCUGCUUUUCUCAAACCCCAUCAAGCUCUUACUUUGGAGAUGACCCCCGUUUCAACCCAUACCACCAAAGUUGCUCCAAUCUAUAUUAUCCCAAGCCACCUAACUCUCAUGAGGAGCGGUAUUUUCCAUCAAGGCAGUACCACACAGAAGGCCGAAGACGCCCCCGCAUGUCACAGGCCUUUUCAGAUGACUGGUAUCGCUCAAGUAUAUCCGGUUAUUCCACCCAGUCUUCUCCGUUCACCCCACCAAGAAUAAGGACAGACACUGGUAUAUCCCCAUGGUACACAACACACAGCAUGGAGACAAGCAGGCUUGGGACGGAAGCCAAAAACCACUCCAAGUCUUGGGACAAUAUUCUUUAUCCCCGCCAUGACAGAGAACAAUCUGUGCCUCGCGGAAGAAGUUAUGAGAACCUGUUUUACCAAGGGAGGCAUCGGGCAUCACCCACUGUCUCAUCUCAACCUGUUAUUCUCAACCUUUCAAGUUCACCAAAGCGCUAUGCUGCUCUAUCUCUCUCUGAGACAUCUUUAGAGCGAAGUCCAAGCAAUCUGUGGAAAAAUAACAAGAGUGGCCACUGGUUUGUGACUCCUGAGAUCACCAUAACUGAUAAUGACAUAUGUGCAGGCAACCGUGAGAGACGUGGCGUGCACGCCGUCAAUUGGAAUACUCUGGAGAGUGAAAAGAAAUCUGCUCCAAGAGUAAUAGAUGUUAAGAAGUCAUUCAACACAACAGAAGUGGCUAAAGAAAGGAAACGCAACAAUGUCUCCCUUCAGCAGAGUCUGGAACAACUUGACGAGCUGUUAGCUGACUUAGUGGUUGAUUACAAACCACCAACCAGCAGGAAGCCUAAUGGGGACUUUCUGGAUCAGCUUAAACAUCUGAUUACUGAAGACGAUGAAAAGGUCAGGGGAGCUUCUGAGAUUGAAAAUCUUGAAUGCCUGAGCACACAGCUCCCAUCCUCUAAAUCCAGUCCUGACACAAUCAAAGACCCUGAUAGUGGGUGUGAUGCUUUACAAAGAAGUGCAGAAGAAUGUUCUCCAGACCACAGUGCAGAAGAAGAUGAAACCAUGGUGUGUGCUAACAAGAAAUGUAAGCGUUCUGAAAAUAUGUUCAAUGCAUGCUUGUACUUCAAGUCAUGUCACAGCUGUUACACCUUUUACUGCUCUCGAAACUGUCGUCGGGAUGACUGGGAAACCCACAAAGAAACAUGUCUGUACGGCCGUGUAAGCAGUGUGUGUCGGCACACUAUUAAGUUCUGCAGAGAAAAUGCAGAGAUUCAUAAAGCCUUCUCACGUAUUGCUAAAGCUGGGUACCUCUCCAGAGGAAGAGGUGUCCUCUUUCUGGGUUUUGCCAAUCCAGACACUGCUGAUAACUUUCUUCAAGUUGGGCUUGAGAGCCUUGGCAUGUCACCUACAUACCUGUCUCUCAGAGAGCUGGAUAGCUUUAAGGACAACUUAGGUGAAUAUUGCAAGGAACUGCAGCAGGCAGGUAAUGAGUAUGACCCAAGUGAAUGUUUUCUCUUGAAUGUAUCUGUUGCUGUUGGUGAACUAGUGCCUAACAGACCCUCACCAAGGGUCCAAACACCAACGGUUCGAAAAUAUGCAAAGAUAUCCUUGGCAUCUUCAAGCCCAGAAAAAAAGCUACUAAAAAAGGAUAGUGAAAUGGAAACUCUUAUCCUUACUCCGCCACCGGGAACGCCGGCCCUUGACCAGGAGGGCGAAGAGGGAAGAAAAGCCAGGGAGGUGUGCUUCGUCAACAUUCAGCGUGAACUCAGGAUCAGGGGAGUCUUUCUUCGACACGAGUACCCGAAAAUCUAUAAUCAGCUAUGUGAGUUUGUGGAGAGCAACAAACGGUUCACUCCAACUACUAUUUAUCCAAUAGAUAAGAGAACGGGGAAACAGUUUAUGUGCAUGAUCAUGGCUGCAUCAGAGCCAAGAACAUUAGACUGGGUGGAUACCCCUCAUCUUUUGGAUGAUAUUAUUUAG